GAUGUUGUCGUCACUGACGUAAGGCUUCGCUGUUCGCUCACAGAAAGGAGGUGUGGGUCGCUCUCUCUUCACAGUCUUUGCAUCUGUUCAAGAGAGGGAGGCGAUCGGCUGGCUACCUUUUGAUGGAAUCAUGUCACGAGCGCCCGGCCUUGCGACGAGAGCAUCAGUGUAAUAAUAAACGGUGGCGAUAAGCUGCUCGGAGGCAACAGAAAUGGGUGGGCAGAUAACGCGAAAUGCUUUGUACGACUCCCUUGGUGGCCCCUUCCCAUCUACAUCCCACCGCUGUCACCACAAACCUAAGAGAUGCCUGCCUAUCCAGUGUGGCAGUGUUGGUGGUCUGCUUCCAGUCAGCCCACUUCUCUUCCACCCAAAUGCUAAGGGUUCCCAAAUUAUCAUGGACCUUGCCCAGAAGAUAGUCAAAAGGCAGGGUAGUUUCUGCAAUGCCAUCACUUUCAGCAACAGGCCAAUAGCCUUGUAUGAGCAAGUUCGUCUCAAGAUUACUAAAAAGCAGUGUUGUUGGAGUGGAGCCUUGCGUCUGGGAUUCACCUCCAAAGAUCCAUGCAGAAUACACCCAGACAACUUGCCGAAGUAUGCCUGCCCAGACCUGGUGUCUCAAAGUGGCUUCUGGGCUAAGGCUCUACCUGAGGAGUUUGCUAACGAGGGGAACAUUAUCGCCUUUUGGGUUGACAAGAAGGGGCGUGUUUUCUACCGCAUAAACGAGUCAAGCCCCAUGCUGUUUUUCAGUGGAGUACGAGCCACCGAGCAACUCUGGGCUCUAAUUGAUGUUUACGGUCUGACCCGUGGAGUGCAGCUGCUAGACAGUGAGAUUGUUCCCCCGGACUGCCUGCGCCCACGCUCUUUCACAACAGUGCGCUCCUCCUCUCUCCACCGUGAAGCAGACGACUCUCGUCUCUCCGUGAGCCUGUGUGACCUCAACCGUCAGCAGGAGGACCUUGGCAACUCCCAUAAUCAUUCACAACAUCACACCCUCCACCUGGCCUCAGCCCCCUCUACCUGUCCCAUCCCGCAAAACUCCCUCAACUCACAACAAUCAUCCUUGUUGCCGUCCAUCCUAGAGAGUGAUCUCCACUUCCACCAGUUGCACGGAACUCAUAUUAAGACUCUAGAUGAACAGACUGUGGCGAGAUCAGAGCAUUCACGUGAGGAGCGCACAUUGGUCUUUACCAACCGCCCCCUGCAAACUGGAGAGUGUGUGUUUAUCAAAGUCACCAAGUCCAGUCCAGCUCGCGCAGGCUCCCUGUCUUAUGGCGUGACAUCAUGUGACCCGGCUGUACUGCGCCCCAGUGACCUGCCAUAUAAUCCAGAAGCCCUAGUGGACAGAAAGGAGUUUUGGGCCGUGUGUCGUGUGCCCACGCCUCUACAAACCAGUGACAUCCUAGGCUUCUUGGUCAACCAAGAAGGGGAGAUCAUCUUAAGCCACAAUGGCACCAAUGUUGGCAUGCAAGUAUGUGUGGACAACUCGCGCCCACUCUGGAUGUUCUUUGGUUUACAUGGUGCAGUCUCUCAGCUGAGAAUUCUGGGCUCCACUCAUGUUGGAGAAACACGGGCCGGGUCGAUCCCCAGUUCGCCCUCCUCAUCACCGCACUCUCCAAGUGGCCUGGGCAGCGGCAUUUCAGAUCCCAUCCUCAACGGGGGCAUGUGCUCUGCAGCUUACUGCAGCUCAGCAGGGGGAACAACACAGAAUUCUCCAGUCAGCCUGCCUAAGUCUCCUACGUUCCCAUCAGGUCGCGGGCUUCGGUCCGAUGAGUGCUCGAUCUGUUAUGAGAAUGCGGUGGACACAGUCAUAUAUGCCUGUGGACACAUGUGUCUUUGCUAUAGCUGUGGGCUGAAGAUCAAGAAAAUGUCCAACGCCUGCUGUCCCAUCUGCAGAAGGCAGAUUAAAGAUAUUAUCAAAACCUACCGAAGUACAUAAAGAGCACAUGUAAUGAAAAAGCAAAAUCCCACCGAUUAAGUUUUAAAGGGAACGUCGUGAUACUAUGAUCAUCAAAUACAGUUGAGUGUGAAUCUUAACAAACAGAUUUCAGGUCCUGUACAAUACUGCUCCUAUAUAGUUUCACAAAGAGGCAGUACUUGAACUGAAAUGAAUACUGUGUCUCCUUGAACACACUGAAGACCUUACAAGAGGGGAACCACUAAAAUGAUUUCAUCAAAGAUUUCAUUUGUCGAGCCAUACUUCUACAACACAAGGACUGUGGUUCAAUCCAGUGUCAUCUGGGCUGAAUGUCUCAAUAAUUCUUUCAGGAUGCAGCACAGAACUCUGUCAAUCAGAUAUGUAACGAAUGUCUGUUUCGCCAGAAAACAAGCACAGGCACAGCGUAUAAGUCAUCUCAGUAUCUCACAACUUGUAUCUGCCUGUAGGUAUUGCUGAACUCUGUUUAGAAAUACACAAGUCAGGUCCUAGCAAUGCCGUAAUGAAAUGAUGAAUCUUUGUCAUCGUGGUGGUAAUCAGUGACUGAUGUGUUUCAAAACGGUGCUGACUGUAGGUAGUAUGUAACGCUACCUGUAUUUAUUGAUCUACUGUAACUCUAUAGUAGUUAUUCUUCAAAUGUUGGUGAUAGGUAUGUUGUUGUGCUAGCUAGCUAACUGCUUGCUCUACAAUGUGUGUCACACUCAAAUUGGCAUCUUUAUGGAAAUGCCCCAUUUCUUAGAGAUGAUUAAAGGUAGAGGGUUUAAACAAUCAGCAGCUCUCACGUCAUAGAAAUAUAACAGGGAGUGGAUUCUCAGGGCCAGUAUUUGUUAUUUAUUUUUAUUUUCUUGUAGAUAUAUAGACUAGUUUCCCAAACUGGAGUCAUAACACAUGCCUGAUGCACUGUGAGUAAUCCUGACUUUCACAGCUCCUCAAAAAUAGCUCUGUAAGAACACGUGAAUUCAGGGGAUUGUUGCCAUGGUAUCAGAAGACAGUACAGUUAUGACACAGCUGCCUUAACCAGAAUUUGUUACAAGCGGAUGUAUCUACUACCGUAGAAGGAAAGUGACCAAAAAUACUCUUGUGUGACACUGAUUGGUCACAUUUUCACUCAGCGGAGAGAAAAGCACACAAAAAGGUAAUUAUUUUUGUAAAUUCACAAAGUUACCCUAAUGUAUGAACAUUUAUUCUUUUUCACCAGCAGCAAACAGCCUUUAUAGAAAUAGAGUUCCCACCCAGAAAGGUGUUUAAAAGCCCACUUGAAAUAUUUGAAUGAUACCUCUUCCACUUUCAUUGAGAUUUAUCCUUAUCAAACAAGUGCGUAGGUUUGCAUAGGGACGGUAGGGACAUAACUUUUCAGGAAGCUUAAAUUGUCCCCACCAACUUUUAGGCAACCUUAUUUGCAUUGUAAAAUGACUUCAGUUAUCUAGGUAAUUUAGUUUUCCCAUAUGUUGUAAGGAUAGAAUUGACCCUACCAUUACUGAGUUAUUUUCACUAUGUUCACUUACAUUUCACUUGCUGAAUGUGCCAGUCCAUUUUGUUCCCCUCAAACACACGUUUGAUUGGCUGAUUAUUUAAGCCCCCGCCCCCCACACACACACACACACACACACUCACUGCCCCGACAGAAAUGCAUGUCAACAACAUGCCGCCCCCUUCGAAGAGGAGGGAUAUUAGGUUAGUUUUUUUCAGCCAGCAGCAGCCACCGUAAGUAAUGUAAAAAGACCUGUUGUGGAGGUGGGGAACACUACUAAUUUUGCUACUGAAAGUCCGACCUGCAUCAGAGUUAGCAUAGCAUUAAGCUGUGAAUUUGCUAACCUGCAAAACUCGAGUAGGAAGCUGCUUAGAGAGAAGUGUCCUCCUGUAUGUGUUUCCUACUGUUGAUGUUGAUUAAACUGUGAGAAAUGUAGUGAACCGAGGUUUACCUCUUUCUCCCCAAUUUUCAUUUUUAUAUUAUUUAUUUGGUCUUAAAGUGCCUGUGACACAAAAAACAUGUUUAUUUCAUAUUACACACGGUAUUUUAUGCUCCUGAAUGAAAUCAACCGCUUGGAUGUGUGUGGAAGUGAUCGAUAUAUGUAUUCCAUUUUUUGAAUCCCGCGCCAUGAAAAUUUAAUGACUUCCAGAUUGAGGAAGAAUGCGAAUGUGACAUCAGCGGACUAAUCAUUUUCACAAUACAGCCAUCACUACAGUAAGCAGAAGGACUGCAGAUAAAUUCAAUUAUUUUUAGCAUCAAGCCAGCCCAAUGUGCUGCAGGCUUUUGUUGAUACACCAGGGAGAAUGGUGUGAGGCUUUUUGGAUUCCCAAAAGAUCCUUGUUCGAUGGGCAAAAGAAGUACGACAACCAAGGAACCAUUGGACAGAUGACUAAGGGGCAGUUUACAUGGCGACUCUGCGACACAAAGACGCAAUGACUGAGUAGCGGACUCGCCUCGCGUGCAUAUGGUGUCGGCGAAGACGGAAGGUGAAGACGAAAAAUUCUGAAUCCUGCCUCCAAAGUGGAUUAAUCCGAUAGCGGGGGGUAGAGGGGGGCUUCCUCGGCAUGCAUAUAAAAGGCUCCUGCGGCGCGAGACCGCGCCGUUAAUGUCAGCACUCGUACACGUCACAUUGGGCGUGCGCAGCCGUGCUACUAAACAUUAAAACAGCAAAUAUGGCGGAAUGUCGGCUUUAAUUUACUGUUUUAAUAAUAUUUUUAAAUUAAAUAUGUUGAACGUUUCAAUUUUUGUGCCUUUUGAACAAAAGAAAAAUGACAUUGCUUCAAGUGGGCGGGCAUAUUUUUUUCCGGGCUGAGGGAGCUUAGUGGGGUCAAAGUGCAUCUAUGUCGCUCUGUAAAUCUGCACUGCCCCCUAGGGCCUGGCAUGAAAACUCGUUCUCAUGCGGAAUUGCGACAUUGUUCAAAUGGAGACGCAAAUGCAAAUUUGAAAUUUUUCGUAUUCUCGGAAAGUCACCAUGUAAACCGCCCCUAAGUGCGUAAGCUACGUGAUUUAUGUUAUGUAAUACUGGGAUCAUGGCAAACUUUAAUAAGGAGGUGGCUUGUGUUUUGUGGGUGACAAUACUCCCUGUCCACCCAGACGGCCGACGACCGGCGGCUUGUCACACACCAUGGUCGCCAGCCAAUUAGCGUCCAUGCUCGGGAAGCCCCCCGCUCUCGUCUCCGGUUCAAUUGUGUCCAGACUUUCACCCCCCUCGGUCCUCUUCCUGUGCCCACCGGGAGAGCACUAUGCAUAGCUUGGGCUCGGGCAGCCACUCACUUCGACGUCAGUCGGUUUGUCCACCGAGAAUGCGCGAUUUUCGGCGUUUAUUCCCCUUUGCGUCCCCAGUGACGAGCACUGCCUGCCUGCUGGGCCCGCAGCAGAACGACGAGCCAUAACUUCGAGCCAAAACUUGGUCGCCGCCGCCGGCUGACCGAUUGGUAAAGACAAUCAACCCCGCCGCCGUUUGUGACAUGAGUCGGGGUAGUUUUGUUUAACUUGUCGUUUUCGAAGACCGAGUAAAAGACGCGGAAAAGACGCUCGGUGCGGGUAAGCAUGUCGCCUAGCAUUCAUGCCUCCUGCUUUGCACUCUUUCCUACGUCUCCUGAAGCCAAGGCAGGGAAAUGACAAGAGCCGCACUAACUCCGGUGGCAUAAAAUACCAUUCGGGAGGUAUAAGAAGUCGGACGUUUUGACCAUUAUGCAGUAAUUUAGCCCUGUCGUACCGAAUAAAUGCAUUUUCAAUAUUUCAUAUUCCGUUUUGCACAUGAAUGAAUAAUGCUUUAUUUUGGACAUGAGAAAAUAAAGAUGAUAAACAAAAAAACGAAAAAAUAAUACAAAACCAAUGAUAUUCUUGAGAUAACAGCGACAAUAAUAAUGAUGAUAAUAAUAAGAUCAGAAUUUAUUCAUUGUGUCCAAAAAGGAGUAGGAUGAAGCAUUUGCUUAAUAAAACCUAACCCCCUUUUCUGUUCCUCAAUUAUAUCAAUCCGCCCUAUUUAACGAGUCCUCAUGUAAAAAUAUUGGAGAAUGAAAACAAUGACAUUUUACAGUAUGCUGUAGUCAUCAGCCCCGUUAUUUGUCGUUCUGAAUCUUCCUCCUCCAAAUACGACUCAAACAUGUAUGGCUGUAUGCCACAGGCUGCCUCUGGAUCGACAAUAUCACUUGAAAGAACCACACUUGAACCAGAAUAGCUGAAAAAUGCUUCCUUCUCCAUUGGGCUGAAUUCUGAAAGCAUUACUUCGCCGACGUCAUCACCCAGAUGGAGGCGCCAGAGAGCGAUAAUGACAGGCGGGGCUAAACGGUUGAUUAAAAGACUUUUCUCCUCAUCUGCGCUUUGCCAAUUUGUUGUAUGAAGUCGAUUUGUCUCAAAAUAUGAUUUUCCUUCCAAUAAUAAUGCUACUUAAGAUUUUUUUAUGGUGUCACAGGCACUUAAAGCAACCUAAAGGAGCUUUCAUUUUUUGUCGAAUUUGGCUGUGCUUGUGGAAAAAAGCUGUCGUAUUUUUAUCUAAAGGAAUUUAUUUUUGUUAACCCUAACUAAGAGUUUUUAUGUAGUUAUAUUUAAUUUGUUUAUCUAAAGUUAGGGUUUGGUUGGGGUUUAGGGUAAGCCCUAACCUAUUUUCAAAUAUUGCAAUUUAAAUUUGCUAAUGAAAUCCAGACAUUUAAUCUGGAAGUUUUUCAAAAAUCUUCAGUAGUUUUUUUCAAACAAAUGUUUGAAUCGAAAGGCAUAUCACAUGAACCAAUACAUAUGAAAGUUUAAAUCAAUAGUUUUUUUUUUUUUGCAUUGAUCAUUUAGCCUAUCAAUUAAUUAGGUUCAUAUUGCCCUGACCCCGUUCACCCAAUCUUGGUCUUUUUGGCAAAAAGCAUACAUGCAGGUUAUGCUGUUAUAUCGUCCCUACCAAUGUUGAGACCAAACCUAUGCCCUUGUUAUCAAAUCACCCAGCCAUCAAUCCAUCCUGCUAAUCAGUAUUUUGUUCAUUCUGAUAGUGUGAUAUGUGAAUUUAUUGUCCUUAAAUCCUCUCUGUACUCUAAUAACAACCAAUGAAAUAAAACGUAUUCCAGGGAUACAGCCCAUAAUACACUAUUAAGCCGCUGUUUUGUAUGUUUAUAUGUUAUUUUGUAGAUGAAAUGGGCUCAAGGCUUUGCUGCUAUUGUAUUUGCCAGCUGUCAUUUUCUGGUAAAUGCUGACAAUGGUUCGCACGGUCCACACACACACCCUCCUGCUUUCUACUAUGCUACUGCUUGAAGUGUUGAAUCAUAUUUGAAUGUUAAUUUAAAUAUUUAGAAUAAAUUAUUUUUAUUGUUGUGGUCCAAUUUAAUAGUUGGAUUUUUUGUAGGAUUAUGCGGAUUGAUGUUUUUUCCUGUCAUUGUUUGAAUUGAUAGUUACAGUAUCAGGUUUUUUUCCCUCGAUCUCAACAUGAAAAUCAAAAUGUAAUCUAGUUUUUGUAAGUACAAAUGGUUUAUGGUACACAAUGGGAGUUGUAGGUUUAGUUUAGUACAAUUCCAUAGUUUUUUUUUCCUGUGUUUUAUGUAAACUUGUGUAACUUUAGAGAAGUCCCAGAUAGCAAAAUAUGAGUGACUCUAUGUUGAUAAAUGGUGAACAGGAAAACGUUGACAUUUAGCGUACAGAAAACAAAAAAGACUAAAUUUCACCAGACACAGAAUACUUGCGACACACCGGAUCAAAUACGUAAUCAUUAUUAUCAAUGUGGUGAUUGCACCAAAUGCAUUCGUCGUGCGUCUGUUGCAGAACUCUCGAGGCAUUUGCAAGAGAUACAAGUUGCUUCUAUUCUUGCCAAACGCCGCAAGAAAAAUGUAUUCAGUGCAGCACAAGCUGCAGCGGAAGUUCUAUGUGGCUACAGAUAAAAACAAAUGGUCGAUCUUCUAAAAUAAAGUCAAUAUAUUCAAAUGUUCUCCAAUGUUUAUGUAGAGGUUUAGGUCAGAGGUGGGUAGAGUAGCCAAACAUUUUACUCAAGUAAGAGUAGUGUUACUUCUAAAUAAUACUCAAGUAAAAGUACACAUCCAAAAAUUUACUCAAGUACAAGUAAAAAUGUUUGUUGAAAAGAGUACUCAAGUAAUGAGGAGCAUUGUUAGUAACUGCUCAUGUUUGUUUUGUUUUUUUUGUUUGUUUUUUUUAUCUCAGCACAACUUUAUCUAUAUGAACCGUUAUUAUCAUACUGUACUUUAGCCCAGUGGUCCCCUUUUUGCACCAUGGACCCGUGUAAUAUGGGCCUUUGUUUCACGGACCAGCAAUAUGUGGCAGAAAAUGACAGUAAAAUAACACGACGUGGCUUAAAAAAACAUUAAGUGCAGGGAAAAUGUAACUCACCAUACGCUGAAUCAACCUUUAUUAACAGCGGCCUCUCCUAAAACGAAGGCAAAUAUCCUAGAUCGCCAGCAUAAGGAGUUCUUCUCCAAUCAGUAAAAGUUUUUUGGGCUUUAGCAAUACAGUUCUCCACAAGGUAUGACACUCUCUGUGCAUUCGCUUUUGUUGCCUCAUAUACUAGCUUUUAGCCACAUAUUAUGCAGAAUGGACUUGGUCCUCUUCUGGCUCAGCAGGUGGCUUUUUCCCCCCCCAUAAAAAAGCUGUCCAAAGACGUCGCCACCCGCAGCACACACCAACAGCAGCUGACGUUACUGUUUACAUUGACUGACGCUGGGCUGCUAUAGGUGUGCAAACACUCCAGGAGUGGCACCCAACCACUAGAGGGUGACGUACGCAAAUCUCUACUGGGAUUAGUAAGAGGCAGAGGCCAGAUUGCAGUCGAUAACAAAUUAUUAUUUCUAAAAAUAACAACUCUAGUUGUAGCAGAGUAGUGUUUCUUCUUCACAAAUCAAGUAAAAAUAUUGUGUGGUAAAACUACUCUAAUAAGUACAUUUUUCUAAAAAAUUUACUCAAGUAAAUAUAACGGAGUAAAUGUAAAGCGUUACUACCCACCUCUGGUCAUCAUCGAUACAAACAUGUUUUUUCCAUAAGGGUAGCACACAAAAAGAGCAUGGAUGACCAUAACUGAAACACUGAGUGGAUGGUAAAUUUAUUUAAUAGUUGUUUUAGGCAGAUUGCAACGGUUGUAAAUAUAGAUGUACGCUAUUAAAACAAUCCCCCUGUAGAGAGUGAUGAAAGCAGAACAGAGCAGACGGGCUAGUGGCCAACAAUGAACUUGUAAUAAUGUUUUUGUCAUUGCUUGAUUGCCGCACAUUCAGUAAAGCAAGUGAUAUUUAUUGCCAUUUGUUAUCUGGCUUAUGUAAAUGAAAAAUCAGACUAUUGCACUAGAAAACGGCCUGUAUUCGCACUAGCAUAGUUGACGGUACCCCUUACCACACUCAGUGGCGCUGCUAUGGUCUCUUGGGGCUCUGGGCAAAAAAAUCCCUCGAGCCCCCAUACCACCUGUGCAAGCCACAAAAAAAAUGUGUUUGGUGCACAAUCAAUGCACAAUAAAUAUGUAAACAAUGGAUAACAAAAAAUGGUUGGUAUUUUAAUAGAAAAAAUAUUGAAUAAUAUAAAUAACAAAUAAAAUUACACAUUUAAGUUUCACUUUUAACGAAAUAUGUGGAGUCCAUACAAGUGCAGGUUGCUAUGGCAAAUGGGGUGGAGCCCCACAGUGGGAGUUUGAUACUGCGGUAUCAUUUCAAAUGGCCAAUUCUUGUCAUUUCUCUGGCAUACAUUUUGGCAGCCUUCAGGGGCCUCUUUAUUGCCCGGGACACCAAGCAACUGCCUGGCUUGCCUUUCGACAUGCCCUGAAGUUUUCUCCAGCACUUAAACCACCAACAGGCAGCUACACUGCUAUACAUUUAAGCAGCAACAUUUAAAAAGCUAAGAAGACAAAUCCUGAUUAUGGUCUAAUUACAGAAACCGCAUGUUAUUAUACAUCCAGAAAGCUAUACCUUAAAAAGACCAUUUGGCUAUUAAAAUUCUGUUAAUCAAUACCUAAAGAUCUUAUUCAAUGUUAUGAAAUUAUGUCUAAAAAUAUGUGAAAUUUAGGAAAUUACAAAUCUUUGCUGUGUAGCAAUGUCAACCCAAAACUUCAUCAUUCCCCAACAUUGAUU